AUGCCGUUCCCGGACGGCAGCAACCCCAGCGACGAAAUCCUCUACAAGUUUAUCCGAGUGUGCGAACGCGAGACUGGAGCCACUGCAAAGCUGGUCUAG